AUGUUGAAGUGGCGUACUUCCGUCGAAGAAUUGCUACCAGAUGACAGGCAUGUGUACAAGAGAGCCGACACGCUGGGUGCUGGCGAGCCGUACACAUAUGGUUUACCGCCAGACUAUGUUCGAAUUGCGAUGGCCGUGGCAGUGAUGGCGUUUGCUGCACAGAUGGUUUCGUAUACAGGCCGCGAAUGGGCCAUUCACAAGCAGGCAGGCCGUCCGAUACGGAGGGUUCCAUCCUUCUGGAACAACAUCUUCAAUGUUGCCAUGCUGUGCAUGUACUUGGCAGUGGCAGUUGUCAUCGCGGGCCUCAUCCAGAUGCAGCAGCCCUCACAGCUGCAGGACCUCUACGGUUCUCUGCCACUUUCGUCUGGCAUCUUCUGCUCCAACUCCCUGCUGGUGUUGUAUUUUGCGGUGUAUGCUGGCCUCCAGAUUGCCAAGACUAUGGAUGUGGACUUCCGAGAAAGAGGGACGUACCCAGAGUCGCUUACCGAUCCCUCGAGGUAUAUCAUUGAGGUCCUGAAAAUGACUGCUUCAGAGGUGCAAGUUGCACCCAUGCGGCUGCCACGUGAUUUUCGCAGCGGCGCUAAUGAGAUCGUGAAAGAGGAUAUUCACACCAGCAUCGAGGUGCCGCCGCUGCUAUCCUCAAGCGGUGCGACCCUGUCCAUCAUCUUCCGAAAGCUGAUCACGUACCAGACCCAGCAGGGCCAUCACCAGGCUCCAGGGCGCCUAAAGCGACUGACAAGCUUCAGCACGGGGGAAGCCAACAACUGCGACAACUUCCACGCGAAGAGAGUUGUCUGCGAGCUGCUGAAAGCCUGGGCCUGUUGCAGCCAGGGCGCGGUCAGUGAUGAGGGCAUAGAUGCACAGGAGGUGGAUCCAUACUUGAAUUAUCUACGGCAUGUGAUGUACUACCAUGACCGAUGGUCUUCAAAGCUCUGGGGCUCCGACGCCUUCCUGGAGACCAUUGUCCAUGUCAUCCGCAAGCUGGAGGCAUUAAAACGGGACACAUCCGACAAGAGACAGAAGUACUUGAAAGUUCUGGAGCAGAUACACGACCAUACCAGUGAGCUUGCAGAGCAUGCCCUGAGAGUGACGCUGCUCGCCAACACCGAGCAUCACAGCGAGUUUGAGGCGUUGGUCGCCAAAGAGGGCGCGCUGACUCUUAAAUCGCUGAGCCAAGCAUUGGUGAGACACAGCACCAGCUUCUGGUGCACGGAUUUCGGCCAGGUGUUGUACUCUGCCUUGGUCCGAGCCGACCCACAGCGCUUCAAGCCAGUAGGUGUGGGAGUUGAGGUGGCUGCCCGGACUUGGAGUCUUUGGACGGACGAGUUGGGUACCAUCAAGACAUACGAGUACAGCUCUCCCGAGGAGGCACGGCUCGUCCUGGAGCAGUGCCGCUGCUGUACCAUCCUCGUGGGUCCGGAGGGCAAGAUCCAGGAGAAGAGUUUCGCCUCCAGCACCAGCCAAGUGCUUUCCAAGGUCCUCCAGGAAGGCAGCACAAUGCGAGAGCUCAAUCGCAGGGUAGACCAGAACAUCGGCUUGCAGCAAGCAGCAUUGGGAAUGGCGCCGCCGACACAGGUGACAGCCAUAGAGGACUUUCUGGGUGACGGUGAAUCUGCAGCCGAUGAAGAGGCAGAAAAGCCUGACUUCUGGUAUGAAGCCGUGGAGAAGGUCCGGGAUGCGUGGAUGCAAGGCAAUGCCGAUCAAGCAGGAAUCGCGGAACCAUUUCGUGGCUGCAAGAAGGUCAAAUGGAUCGACGGUGUGUUCGAAAAGGAAUCCAGGUCCUCGAACUUCCCCACUAUCAUCCUUGACCUUCCCAAAACACUGUCAGAUCUCUUGUGCUGCUUCAAGCAGGUGAUGACCGCAGUGCGCUCCAUGAUCAGCGAAGGUGGCAGUAAGGAGGCACUGGCCGCUAUUUAUGCACUGCGACAGCGCAGCACCAUUACCGGACAGCUGGAUGCCUGCAUGCAGAAGUUCCUUACCAGUGCGAAUCUUAUGCACGGCUUCUUUGAGCACCUCUUCUUCGAAGGUUUGGAGAGCAACAAGAAGAUCAAGGGUCAGAGUGCUGCAAUGCAACGCUUGUAUUUCGAAAGCCACCGCGCAUGCAACAAGCUGCGGGACGAGAUCCUGACGAAGUGGCACAAGCUUGGACUCGAGGUCUCAGAUGACAACCUCGCCGAGGAAGCAAAGCGCAUCGACAUGACGGAGAAGGCGGCCUUCUGCCAGCUCAUGGGAAUGGCCGCACCUGCGCUGGCGCUGACUGCAGGCUCUGCGGGGACGCUUCUUCAGCUUCCAGAUUCCCCGAAAGAGGAGGCUUCGCCGACGAAUGAAGUCAUGACCGCGAAGCCAGUGGCAUUCUCUCCCUCUGCGCGCAUCGAGGACAGGCUUCGGCAGAUCUUGGUGCUGGCAGUGUUUUGCGUGGGAGUUCAGUUGACUGUCGAUGCACAUCGCGAAGAACUACCAAGCACCGCUGAAACGGCAAUGUACAUAUGCUGCCUUUCCCUUUUCGUGCAGGCAGCUGUUGCAACAGCGACUCCCUUCAUCACAAGAGCUGAGCUCAAGGUCGUGCCCGGAACCGUGGACAUAGUUGACUUCGCAACCGGUCAUCCCCGGCUGUACAUCUUCAUGAGCUCGCUGCGCUGGGUGAGCACAGCAGCCAUGUACCUGGGAGUCUGUGUAAUUUGUGCCCAUCUUUGGCGUCAGACAGACGAGCCCGUGUGGGUAAUUUUGGUGAUGCAUCUCGGCACCUACUUCUUCAUCGUCCAUUUCUGCCUGUUCCUCUGCGUAUCCAUUAGGCAGCUGUCGAACGUCAGCAUGCUGGACGGCAUCAGGACUCUGACAACUGCCAAGGACACUGUCAGCAUUUGUCCGAUGCUUUCCGUCCUCUUCAUUGAGUGCUGGGUCGCUGCAAACGACAUCAGAACUCCAGUAGGUUUGCCUGGCGUUCCCCAAGGCUUCGCGCAGGACUACAUGUUUGUGGCGACAUGGGCGAUGCUGAUGCAGCUGGUCGUGUGCUUCGUGAAUGGCUUCGUCUACACCCUGCCGAAGGACUCAAAGGUGAUGAGGCUCUGUGGCAAUUCCUUGCGGGGAGGCCUCACUGCCAUAUCGAUUGUGUUCUACCUGACACUGGUCACGGUCUAUGCUUCCAUUCUGGUGGUGGGACUCUUACAGUCAACAUCCCGAAGUCCUAGAGAGGGACAGAGAGGGAUAAAGAGAGAGAGAGAGAGAGACCCAUAA